CCUCGUCUCUCUGAUCUGGCCCAUCCGGCCCAGGAGGGAGGCGCGAGUGGGUGAACGAGGGAGUGCGUUUAUGGGGUCCAGGCACGAGCCCCUGAAGACAGGCUCCGCCCCCGGCACCCGCUCGCGCCCCGCCCCCGGCUGGAGGGUUCUCUCCUGGACCGUCCGGGCCUGCCCUGGCCCUACCCGCACCCUCUACGGAGGCCCCCGCCCGGCUGUGGAGCCCUUCGCCCACUGGGGACCCACCCGUCUAUAAGGUCCGUUUCGGCCUGCAGCGGCCCGCUUCUGUAACUGCUGGACACCGUUUAUGGGGUCAGCCAGCCUAUGGGGGCCGGUGUCUGUAAGGGACUCCCACGAUCCCUAGGGGUCGAUUCCGUCCGUAACGACCCCGUUUACAGGGCCUUCCAUGGACCUAUAAGGCCCAGCCUUUGGCUUCCAGAGCUGGUCAACAGCGGCGGUUCCCUUCGCGGGGACUGCGACUCCUGGACCUCCCUGGUCUACAAGGCCAUGUCGCGUCUAUAGAGGUCGCAUUUGCAGGGCCUCGCGCCGGGUGAAGGGUCCUUUCCGGGGCUUUACGGCCCGUCCCAUCUGUAAGGGUCCGUGCGGGAGGCUGCGAUGGCUCUGGGCCGGGCUCUGGUCGCGGCGCUGGCUCUAUCUUUGGCCGUGCUCGGGCCGCUGUCCCCUGGGGCCCGGGCGGGGGACUGCAAGGGGCAGCGGCAAGUGCUGCGAGAGGCGCCAGGCUUCGUGACGGAUGGUGCGGGCAACUACAGCGUCAAUGGCAAUUGCGAGUGGCUCAUCGAGGCCCCGAGCCCCCAGCACCGGAUCCUGCUGGACUUCCUUUUCUUGGACACGGAAUGCACGUACGACUACCUGUUCGUGUAUGAUGGUGACUCCCCCCGUGGGCACCUGCUUGCCAGUCUGAGUGGGAGCACCCGGCCUCCACCCAUCGAGGCUUCCUCAGGCAAGAUGCUGCUGCACCUCUUCAGCGAUGCCAACUACAACCUGCUGGGCUUCAACGCCUCGUUCCGCUUUUCCCUGUGCCCGGGCGGCUGCCGCAGCCAUGGGCAGUGCCAGCCCCCGGGGGUGUGUGCCUGCGAACCAGGCUGGGGGGGCCCUGACUGCGGCCUGCAGGAGUGCCCCGCCUUCUGUGGCAGCCAUGGCACCUGCGCCUCGCCCCUGGGACCGUGCCGCUGUGAGCCUGGCUUCCUGGGACGUGCGUGUGACCUGCACCUGUGGGAGAACCAGGGGGCUGGCUGGUGGCACAAUGUGAGUGCCGGAGACCCAGCCUUCUCUGCCCGAAUCGGGGCGGCUGGUGCCUUCCUGUCCCCACCGGGGCUGCUGGCUGUUUUUGGAGGCCAGGACCUCAACAGUGCCCUGGGUGAUCUCGUCCUGUACAACUUCUCUGCCAACACCUGGGAGCGCUGGGACCUGAGUCCUACCCCGGCUGCUCGUCACUCCCAUGUGGCUGUGGCCUGGGCUGGCUCCCUGGUGCUUAUGGGCGGUGAGCUGGCUGAUGGCUCCCUCACCAGCGAUGUGUGGGCCUUUAGCCCCCUGGAUGGGGGCCACUGGGAGCUCCUGGCACCGCCUGCCUCCAGCUCCUCGGGGCCACCAGGACUGGCAGGUCAUGCGGCCGCCCUAGUGGAUGACAUCUGGCUCUAUGUGUCUGGUGGCCGCACCCAGCACGACCUCUUCUCCUCCGGCCUCUUCCGUUUCCGCCUCGACAGCACCAGUGGGGGCUAUUGGGAGCAGGUGAUUCCAGCAGGUGGGCGGCCUCCUGCUGCCACCGGCCACUCCAUGGUGUUCCACGCCCCCUCUCGCACCCUGCUGGUUCACGGUGGACACCGGCCCUCCACUGCCCGAUUCUCUGUGCGGGUGAACUCCACUGAGCUCUUCCAUGUGGAUCGGCGUGUGUGGACGACGCUGAAGGGCAGGGAUGGGCUUCAGGGCCCACGGGAGCGAGCCUUCCACACGGCCAGUGUCCUGGGCAACUACAUGGUGGUCUAUGGGGGCAAUGUGCACACCCAUUACCAGGAGGAAAAGUGCUAUGAAGAUGGCAUCUUCUUCUACCACCUCGGCUGCCAUCAAUGGGUGUCAGGGGCCGAGCUUGCCCCCCCAGGAACACCUGAGGGCCGAGCAGCACCUCCCAGUGGUCGGUACUCACAUGUGGCGGCUGUGCUUGGUGGCAGCGUCCUCUUGGUGGCUGGGGGGUACAGUGGCCGGCCUCGUGGGGACUUGAUGGCCUAUAAGGUGCCCCCCUUUGUGUUCCAGGCACCUGCCCCGGACUACCACUUGGACUAUUGCUCCAUGUACACGGACCACAGCGUCUGCUCCCGAGACCCCGAAUGCAGUUGGUGUCAGGGAGCCUGCCAAGCUGCUCCACCUCCUGGGACCCCCUCAGGGGCUUGUCCAGCUGCCAGCUGCCUGGGCCUGGGCCGCCUCCUGGGUGACUGCCAGGCCUGCCUGGCCUUCAGCAGUCCUGCAGCUCCUCCCCGGGGGCCUGGCGCCCUGGGCUGGUGUGUGCACAAUGAGAGCUGCCUCCCUCGGCCUGAGCAGGCCCGCUGCCGAGGGGAGCAGAUCUCAGGCACUGUGGGCUGGUGGGGACCUGUGCCUGUCUUCGUCACAUCCCUGGAGACCUGCAUCACCCAGAGCUUCCUGCCUGGCCUGCACCUGCUCACUUUCCAACAGCCACCCAAUGCCUCCCAGCCCGACAAGGUCUUGAUUGUCCGCAGUACGACCAUCACCCUGACACCCAGCCCAGAGACGGACGUGUCCCUGGUCUACCGUGGCUUCAUCCACCCACUGCUGCCGGGAGGGCCAGGUGGGCCAGGGGCUGAGGAUGUGGCCGUGUGGGCCCGGGCCCAGCGCCUACACGUCCUGGCUCGGAUGGCCCGUGGGCCUGACACGGAGAACAUGGAGGAGGUAGGGCGCUGGGUGGCGCAGCAGGAGAAAGAGACGAGGCGGUUGCAGCGCCCAGGGUCUGCUCGCCUCUUCCCACUGCCUGGCCGGGGCCACAAGUACGCGGUAGAGAUCCGGGGCCAGCUCAAUGGCUCGGCGGGCCCUGGGCACAGCGAGCUCACCCUGCUGUGGGACCGGACUGGCGUGCCAGGUGGCAGCGAGAUCUCCUUCUUCUUCCUGGAGCCCUACCGCUCAUCGGCCUGCGCCUCCUACUCCUCCUGCCUCGGCUGCUUGGCAGACCAGGGCUGUGGCUGGUGCCUGACCAGUGCCACCUGCCACCUGCGCCAGAGUGGGGCCCACUGCGGGGACGAUGGGGCUGGUGGGUCCCUGCUGGUGCUGGUGCCUGCCCUCUGCCCGCUCUGUGAGGAGCAUCGCGACUGCCACACCUGCACCCAGGACCGCUUCUGUGAGUGGCAUCAGAGCACCAGCCGCAAAGGGGAUGCGGCAUGCAGCCGGCGGGGCCGGGGUCGGGGUGCCCUGAAGAGCCCGGAGGAGUGUCCCCCACUCUGCAGCCAGCGCCUGACCUGUGAUGACUGCCUGGCCAACUCGAGCCAGUGCGCCUGGUGCCAGUCCACCCACACCUGCUUCCUGUUUGCUGCCUACCUGGCCCGGUACCCGCAUGGGGGCUGCCGAGGCUGGGACGACAGCGUGCACUCAGAGCCGCGGUGCCGGAGCUGCGACCGCUUCCUGACCUGCCACGAGUGUCUGCAGAGCCAUGAGUGCGGCUGGUGUGCCAACGAGGACAACCCCACGCUGGGCCGGUGCCUCCAAGGGGACUUCUCAGGGCCCCUGGUUGGGGGUAACUGCUCCCUGUGGGUGGGGGAGGGCCUGGGGCUGUCCCUGGCCCUCCCUGCCCGCUGGGCCUAUGCCCGCUGUCCAGAUGUGGAUGAGUGUCGCUUGGGCCUGGCUCGAUGCCACCUGCGGGCAACCUGCCUGAACACGCCCCUCAGCUACGAGUGUCACUGCCAGCGGGGCUACCAGGGUGACGGAGUCACACACUGCAGUCGCACGUGCCUGGAGGACUGCGGCCAUGGUGUGUGCAGCGGCCCUCCUGAUUUCACCUGCGUGUGUGACCUGGGCUGGACGUCCGACCUGCCCCCACCCACGCCUGCCCCAGGACCUCCUGCUCCUCGCUGCUCUCGGGACUGUGGCUGCAACUUGCACAGCCACUGCCACAAGCGGGGGCCUGGCUUCUGCGAUGAGUGCCAGGACUGGACGUGGGGGGAGCACUGUGAACGCUGCCGGCCCGGCAGCUUCGGCAACGCCACAGGCUCAGGCGGCUGCCGGCCCUGCCAGUGCAACGGGCAUGGGGACCCGCGCCGCGGCCACUGCGACAACCUCAGCGGGCUGUGCUUCUGCCAGGACCACACUGAGGGUGCGCACUGCCAGCUCUGCUCCCCCGGCUACUAUGGGGACCCCCGGGCCGGUGGCUCCUGCUUCCGGGAAUGUGGAGGUCGCGCCCUCCUCACCAACGUGUCCUCAGUGGCACUGGGCUCACGCCGGGUUGGGGGGCUGCUGCCUCCAGGUGGCGGGGCAGCGAGAGCCGGGCCAGGCCUGUCCUAUUGUGUGUGGGUUGUCUCGGCCACUGAGGUGCUACAGCCCUGUGCCCCCGGGACCCUCUGUCCCCCACUCACCCUCACCUUCUCCCCCGAUAGCAGCACCCCCUGCACGCUGAGCUAUGUCCUGGCCUUUGACGGAUUCCCACGCUUCCUGGAUACUGGUGUCGUCCAGUCAGACCGAAGCCUCAUUGCUGCCUUCUGCGGCCAGCGGCGGGACAGGCCCCUCACUGUGCAGGCCCUGUCUGGGCUGCUCGUGCUGCACUGGGAGGCCAACGGCUCCUUGUCCUGGGGCUUCAAUGCCUCAGUGGGCUCUGCUCGUUGUGGGUCAGGGGGCCCCGGGAGCUGCCCUGUCCCCCAGGAGUGUGUGCCCCAGGAUGGAGCCGCAGGUGCUGGACUCUGCCGAUGUCCCCAGGGCUGGGCUGGCCCACACUGCCGCAUGGCUCUGUGUCCUGAGAACUGCAACGCCCACAGUGGGGCAGGGACUUGUAACCAGAGCCUGGGCGUGUGCAUCUGUGCCGAGGGUUUCGGGGGCCCUGACUGUGCCACGAAGCUGGAUGGUGGGCAGCUGGUUUGGGAGACCCUCAUGGAUAGCCGCCUCUCAGCCGACACUGCUAGCCGCUUCCUGCACCGCCUGGGGCACACCAUGGUGGAGGGACCUGAUGCCACCUUGUGGAUGUUUGGGGGCCUGGGCCUGCCCCAGGGGCUGCUGGGAAACCUGUACAGGUACUCAGUGAGCGAGCGACGGUGGACACAGAUGCUGGCGGGCGCUGAGGACGGGGGCCCAGGCCCUUCACCCCGCUCCUUCCAUGCAGCUGCCUAUGUGCCCGCUGGCCGUGGUGCCAUGUACCUGCUUGGGGGGCUUACAGCUGGGGGCGUCACCCGCGACUUCUGGGUCCUCAACCUCACCACUCUGCAGUGGCGCCAGGAGAAGGUCCCUCAGACCGUGGAGCUGCCAGCAGUUGCUGGUCACACCCUUACUGCCCGCCGAGGCCUGUCUCUGCUCCUGGUGGGUGGUUACUCUCCUGAAAAUGGCUUCAAUCAGCAACUGCUGGAGUACCAGCUGGCGACCGGCGCCUGGGUAUCGGGAGCCCAGAGUGGGACCCCCCCGACAGGACUCUAUGGUCAUUCUGCGGUGUACCAUGAGGCCACCGACUCCCUCUAUGUGUUUGGGGGUUUCCGCUUCCACGUGGAGCUGGCAGCCCCGUCACCCGAGCUCUACUCCCUGCACUGUCCUGACCGCACCUGGAGCCUGCUGGCCCCUUCUCAGGGGGCAAAGCCCCGCCCCCGACUUUUCCAUGCCUCGGCCCUGCUGGGGGACACCAUGGUGGUCCUUGGGGGGCGCUCGGACCCUGACGAGUUCAGCAGUGACGUUCUGCUCUACCAGGUCAACUGCAACACCUGGCUCCUGCCUGACCUCACCCGCCCAGCCUCUGUGGGACCCCCGAUGGAGGAGUCUGUGGCUCACUCUGUGGCGGCGGUGGGAGGCCGCCUGUACAUCUCAGGGGGCUUUGGAGGAGUGGCCCUGGGCCGCCUGCUGGCCCUGACCCUGCCCCCCGACCCCUGCCGCCUGCUGCCUUCGCCCGAAGCUUGUAACCAGUCUGGGGCCUGCAUGUGGUGCCAUAGGGCCUGCUUGUCUGGGGACCAGGCCCAUAGGCUGGGAUGUGGAGGCCCCCCCUGCUCCCCGAUGCCUCGCUCUCCUGAGGAAUGUCGGCGUCUCCGGACCUGCAGCGAGUGCCUGGCCCGCCAUCCCCGGACCCUGCAGCCUGGAGAUGGAGAGGCAUCUGCCCCCCACUGUAAGUGGUGUACCAACUGCCCCGAGGGCGCCUGCAUUGGGCGCAAUGGCUCCUGCAUCUCAGAGAAUGACUGUCGGAUCAACCAGAGAGAGGUCUUCUGGGCAGGGAACUGCUCGGAGGCCGCAUGUGGGGCCGCCGACUGCGAGCAGUGCACCAGGGAGGGCAAGUGCAUGUGGACGCGGCAGUUCAAGAGGACAGGGGAGACCCGCCGCAUCCUCUCAGUGCAGCCCACCUAUGACUGGACGUGCUUCAGCCACUCUCUGUUGAAUGUGUCCCCAAUGCCGGUGGAAUCGUCGCCCCCACUGCCCUGCCCCACCCCUUGUCACCUCCUGCCCAACUGCACCUCCUGCUUGGACUCCAAGGGUGCGGACGGGGGCUGGCAGCACUGUGUGUGGAGCAGCAGCCUCCAACAGUGUCUGAGCCCCUCCUACCUGCCCCUGCGGUGUAUGGCUGGAGGCUGUGGGCGGCUGCUCCGUGGACCUGAGAGCUGCUCCCUGGGCUGUGCGCAGGCGUCACAGUGUGCCUUGUGUCUGCGGCGUCCCCACUGUGGCUGGUGUGCCUGGGGGGGCCAGGAUGGGGGUGGCCGCUGCCUGGAGGGUGGACUCAGCGGCCCCCGUGAUGGGCUGACCUGUGGGCGACCUGGGGCCUCCUGGGCCUUCCUGUCCUGCCCCCCUGAGGACGAGUGUGCCAACGGGCACCAUGACUGCAAUGAGACACAGAACUGCCAUGACCGGCCCCACGGUUACGAGUGCAGCUGCAAGACAGGCUACACAAUGGACAAUAUGACGGGGCUGUGCCGCCCUGUGUGCGCCCAGGGCUGCGUGAAUGGCUCGUGUGUGGAGCCUGACCACUGCCGCUGCCACUUCGGCUUUGUCGGCCGCAACUGCUCCACGGAGUGUCGCUGCAACCGCCACAGCGAGUGUGCCGGCGUGGGGGCCCGCGACCACUGCCUGCUCUGCCGCAACCACACCAAGGGCAGCCACUGUGAGCAGUGCCUCCCGCUGUUCGUGGGUUCAGCCGUGGGUGGUGGGACCUGCCGGCCCUGCCAUGCCUUCUGUCGUGGCAACAGCCACGUCUGCGUCUCCAGGAAGGAGCUCGAAAUGGCCAGGAAGGAGCCAGAGAAGUAUUCACUGGAUCCAGAGGAGAUUGAAAACUGGGUGACAGAGGGUCCUAGUGAAGACGAGGCUGUGUGUGUGAACUGCCAGAAUAAUAGCUAUGGGGACAAGUGUGAGAGCUGCCUCCACGGCUACUUCCUCCUGGAUGGGAAAUGCACCAAAUGCCAGUGUAACGGGCAUGCAGAUACAUGUAACGAGCAGGAUGGGACAGGCUGCCCAUGUCAGAACAACACGGAGACGGGCACUUGCCAGGGCAGCUCGCCCAGUGACCGCCGAGACUGCUACAAGUACCAGUGUGCCAAGUGCCGGGAGUCAUUCCACGGGAGCCCGCUGGGUGGCCAGCAGUGCUACCGCCUCAUCUCCGUGGAACAGGAGUGCUGCCUGGACCCCACAUCCCAGACCAACUGCUUCCACGAGCCCAAGCGCCGGGCACUGGGCCCUGGCCGCACCGUCCUCUUUGGCGUGCAGCCCAAGUUCACCAACGUGGACAUCCGCCUGACGCUGGACGUGACCUUCGGUGCCGUGGACCUCUACGUCUCCACCUCCUACGACACCUUCGUAGUCCGUGUGGCCCCCGACACGGGCGUCCACACCGUGCAUAUCCAGCCGCCCCCGCCCCCUCCGCCACCCCCACCACCUGCUGACGGCGGGCCUCGGGGGACCGGGGAUCCAGGGGGACCGGGGACCGGGACUGGGCCGGGCACCCCAGCAGAGCCGCGCGUGCGGGAGGUGUGGCCACGGGGCCUGAUCACCUACGUGACAGUGACGGAGCCCUCGGCGGUGCUGGUGGUCCGCAGUGUGCGAGACCGGCUGGUCAUCACCUACCCGCACGAGCACCAUGCCCUCAAGUCCAGCCGCUUCUACCUGCUGCUGCUGGGCGUGGGAGACCCAAGUGGGCCUGGUGCCAAUGGUUCGGCCGAUUCGCAGGGCCUGCUCUUCUUCCGGCAGGACCAGGCCCACAUUGACCUGUUUGUCUUCUUCUCCGUCUUCUUCUCCUGCUUCUUCCUCUUCCUCUCGCUCUGCGUGCUCCUCUGGAAGGCCAAGCAGGCCCUGGACCAGCGGCAGGAGCAGCGCCGGCACCUGCAAGAGAUGACCAAGAUGGCCAGCCGCCCCUUCGCCAAGGUCACCGUCUGCUUCCCACCCGACCCUGCUGCCCCGGCCCCCGCCUGGAAGCCAGCCGGGCUCCCACCACCCGCCUUCCGCCGCUCUGAGCCCUUCUUGGCACCCCUGUUGCUGACAGGGGCUGGCGGGCCCUGGGGACCCGUGGGAGGGGGCUGCUGCCCACCAGCCAUCCCCACCACCACUGCUGGCCUGCGAGCCGGGCCUAUCACCCUCGAGCCCACCGAAGAUGGCAUGGCCGGUGUGGCCACACUGCUGCUCCAGCUACCUGGCGGGCCCCACGCACCCAACGGUGCCUGCCUGGGGUCAGCCCUCGUCACAUUGCGGCACAGACUACAUGAGUACUGUGGGGGCGGCGGGGGUGCUGGGGGUAGUGGGCACGGGGCUGGUGCAGGCCGGAAGGGACUGCUGAGCCAGGACAACCUCACCAGCAUGUCCCUCUGACCCACAGCAGCCAAGUCCCCUGAUGGGGCCACCCUGAACUUGGGGCCCCUCCACCUGGGGGCCCUGGACACUGUGUCCUCAGACCUCUGGUUCCCUUCCUCUGGGGGUCCCCAGACAGGGGCUUCGUCUGCAUUCAACAAUUAUUUAUUGAAUACCUACUGUGUGC